UAGACGAAAAGUAACUAUAUUGGAUUGGUUCGGUCGGCCGACCAAAAAAAAAAGGAUUGGCUCAGUCGGAACAAAACAAAACCGAUUGGUUUUACUCAUGAAGCCCUAGGUUCUUAAAAGUUUCUAUUUCUUUUCCUCAGUACUUUUUGUCUGCGCCCAGUUGUUCGUCUGGGAAGGAACGAAUCUGAAGUUGUGGAACAUGGAACCAUGUUUGAGGAAGCGAUAUGUUGUGAGGGAGGACAGAAUCAGUUCGUUACCGGAACCUUUGAUUCUGCAGAUAUUGUCUUUACUCCCAACAAAACUUGUCAUAGCCACAAGUGUCCUCUCUAAGCGAUGGCGGUCUGUUUGGAAAAAAGUACCGAUUCUCCGGUUCGAAUCCAAAGGGAACAUACAGAAAUUCGCAGAGAAUGUUUCCAUGUCGUUGCUUUCACAUAAAUCUCCGGUCUUGGAGACUCUUCAUCUGAAAGUGAACGAUAGAUGCGAGGAUGUAUACAUUGGAAUAUGGGCUGGAAUUGCAGUUACACGCCAUGUGCGUGAGCUCGAGCUGGAUCUCGGUUAUCUUUGUGGCAACCCAGUCAGGUUCCCGAGCUGCUUGUUGUGUUUUGACACACUUGAGACGUUGAAACUCAAGCACUACAUUCUUCUAGAUAUUCCCUCUAUGGUAUCUCUCAAGUCCCUUAGAACUCUUCACCUUCAUUCUGUGGUGUACAAAGACAGUGAAUCGGUUCGUAACCUUUUCGCUAGCUGCCUUAAUCUUGAACAUUUGGUCGUCCAACGAGGUUUCCACUAUAAUGAUGGAGUGAGAUUCGUUAUUGAGUCUCCAUCUCUCAAGACAUUAUUGGUUUCUGGCGGCGAGACUUAUGGAAAACAGAAUGGGGGCUAUGUGAUAAACGUUCCGUCUUUGCAACACUUGACUAUUCAAAUGUUAAAAGGUUAUGAGUAUUGUCUGAUUGAGAACGCGCCUGAGCUAGUAGACGCGAAUAUUAUAAAUGUUUCUCAUACAACCAAUGAGACUAUUAUGGGGUCUCUCAAGUCAGCCAAACGUCUUUCCCUGGACUUAUCACCUUUGCAGAUUGCAUAUCCUACUGGAAUGGUCUUCCAUCAGCUGGUAUCUCUUGAGAUGUAUACACAUAAAGUGGCGUGGUGGAAUCUACUUGCGCUCAUGCUUGAUAGCUCUCCUAAACUACAAGUUCUGAAGCUUAUUGACCGUUCGUCUCAUCAGCCAAAGCUGGUUUCUGACAAGAAAGAUAUGCCCCCCGGGAAAUGGAAUCAACCAGAGAAUGUCCCUGAAUGUUUGUCGUCUCAUCUCGAGACAUUUGUAUGGACAAGACCUGAUUGGAUAAGAGAAGAGGAGAAAGAAGUGGCUAGAUACAUUCUAAGCAAUGCACAACAGUUGAAGAAGGCAACUUUCAUCAUCGAUCCCAUUGAACCGAAAAGGCUUUUCAGGUUAGCAAAAAGACGAGAGAUGCUCAACGAAUUGCCUGCUGUGAUCAUGGCUUCCAAGUCAUGCAACCUUGUUGUUGAAUCUGAAUGAUUUUAUAUGUAUCACUCUUUUUUAUCGCAUACGUUUGCGGUGUUUAGAUGGAUUUAUAUUGGUUUUGAAUAUGUUUUAUUGCAAAACUUUUGGUGGAGACCUCA